AUGUGUUCUGCUAGGGCUCCUCAGCAGCAGGACUUCCAGGGUCCGGAUACUCCUACGUUUGAUCUGAGUUGGGACUACAACUAUGACAACACACUCGCUGCUCCUCCGAACAACGUUCCACCAGUAGUGCACACCGGAGAGAAUCGAAUCAUCUCGGCACAACCCCAGCCCAUGACCAAUGGAGCAGAGAGUGUGAGGCCUUCCAUGCUUUCCCCCCUAAGUGUGAUCCGCAACGAACCGAUCCGAUCGGUGAAUAGUCCGUUUCUAACACCGUUCUCGCCCAGAGCGGGACUCGACUUCCUGUACGGAUUGCCAUCGGUGUUUAUCCAACAAUCGUACGAGCUGAACGAACUCCUUUCAGGCGUGGCCUCAGACAAUCGGUACACUAUCCGCGGGCCAUCGAACGAGGCGCUCUACGGUGCGUCGGAGACCUCCGAUCCUAGGGAUAGAUUUUGGGGUUCCCUCAGACCCUUCCAGCUGUCGCUGGUGGACCGAAACCACCAGGAGGUGUUGCUUUUUAAGAAAAAUCUUGGAUGUGGUGUGUUUUGCUGUUUCUGCAAAAAUCAGUUUCUCGAGAUCUGGGCCAGCCCGGGUGAGCUGAUCGGUUGCAUACAGCAGGACUACGGGAUACUGUCCCAAGAAAUCAUUCUACUGAACAGCGACAUAAACAUCAUGUUCCGCGUCCCGAUACCCUUUGUGAGCGCUAUCCGCAUGCCGAAAGAGACCCACUUUCGGGUGAUGGACCGAGAUCUGCUGACCCAGAAAGGGACGAUUACGCGCGCCUGGAACGUGAACACCUCGAGCUACACGAACAACAUCUAUUUCUCCGAUCCGAGCAUGGACGUCAAAUUUAAGUCACUAUUCAUCGCCGCCGCAUUUCUGCUGGAGUACCUGUACUUUCAAUCAAAUUGCUGUUGACGCAUACCGAUGAUAUUGAAAGAAGAGCACACCACUUCAUGAAUAUUCUCAUACCGUCUGGAGUGUCAAGAU